GCCAUGUGUGUACAGUCAAAAAGUGUUGGAGACAAUAAAAAAGAGCAGACUCUACUUGACAUAGGGGACACCUAAGGGGCUAAAUAAGAGCAGUGUCCCAAUGCAUCAUCACCUUCCACUAACCCACCGCCUCUCUUUUUGCAUGCGUAUGGACGGAAAUGUAGCUUUCUCAACUCCAUCUUCUCAGCACUCACCACUAAUAUAAUGCCCAUGUACUAGCUCUCGGAAGGCCUUUGUUUAGAUGUUCCUCAUUCUCUCUGGAAUCUUGUCUUUCACAAGAACCUCUGCUUUCAUAGACAAUGCCGAGAAACUGUCUGGUUUAGAAGAUACGCUUGCUACUUUUCAUCUUUGUGUGAUCUUAAGAAACAAGAGAUGGGUAACUCUGUUGCUCUUUCUAGAGGAAACUGUGUUUCUUGCAUCAGUAUCUCCGCAAGACAGCAGGGUAAAUUCUUGCAGAUUGUGAAGCUUGAUGGGAAGAUAAUAAAGCUCACCGCGCCGGUUCUAGUUAAAGAUUUAUCGAGAAACUUGGGAGGCUCGGGGAUCGGCCUUUCGAAGGGAGAUUCGAAGCGGCUUCUGCCAAAUCACAUGCUGAAUCUGGGGAAGGUUUAUUAUGUUCUUCCUGCUGAUGCUGCUGCUACUGCUACAAUGAGCCCAGAGAGAGGUCCAUCUACAGCUAGCCAGUCAGAACAGAGCGACGGUGUGAAAAAGAGGAUAAAGAUAGUCAUCACAAAGCAACAGCUGCAACAGCUUUUGUCAAAGAGUCUUUCUGUUGAGGAGGUUUUGGCAGGAUCCGAGAAAGGAACUUCCCAGGGCCGUGGUCUCGAUUCUCCUGGAAACUGGAGGCCUCGGCUUGAUUCUAUCCCCGAAGGUAAUGAUUGAUGUCAGCGCUUUAUUUUGGUUUCUGCCAUUGCUACUUGUAACAUAAUUAGUACAGAACAGGCAGAUAGUUGUUCACAUGUGUGAGAUUUCUAAACAGAACUACAGUCGAUACACCGAAGAUCCAUACUGUUACCCUAUUUUUAAGCCCGACGCUCUUCCAUGUCAAGCAGAAAUGUAUCUAUCAUGAAUUUCAUGUCUAGCAGAGUCACCCUCGGUGUAUCACCAUGUGCGGUGUUCCUAUUAGAUAGUGACUUCAUUAUUUGGUGUCCAUAUCAGUGAGCUUGAAAUGUUUUUCCACA